AUGUCUGUAAUCAGUUGGAUCAAAAUUUCGCUGUUUAGCGGAAAAUUUAUUCAAUUUGCAACCAUGAGUUCAAGUGACAGCUCAGCUUCUGAUUUGUACAAUGUGUUAUUCAUUGCGACAGCUGGGUAAAUCUGAGUUGAAAGAAGACUUUUUUUUUUUUAAACCCAUCCUUUAUUGCUAGAAAAUAAGAAGAGUUGGAAAGGCAGUGAAAGAAAUUUUCAAACUUGACUAGUUUGAAUUCUUUCAGUUUCGAUUACUAGCGCUCUUUGUGAAAACCGACUUAUGACAUCGUUUACAGAAUAACUUGCCUCGAGUUCCGGAUACAAAAGCAACUACUUAUGAUGUAAAUUAAAGGUAAAAUAAACUAACAUAAAGAAAACGUACGUUUAAUUUUCUGUCUCGGGAUAGAUUCAUAAGUUCAGAUCUAUCUAUCUCAACUCCUAAAUGAGAGUGAAACAAGUUCUCAUCUCGGAAAAAGUUUCCCUAUCAAAAAAUAACAUGAAUAGUGGAGUUUAACCACAAUAAUGUUCGUUAAUGAAAAACACUCUUGAAAAGUAAAACUGCCUCGUUAAUAAAUCCAGUCACCCUGACGACACUGUUAUCCGGCUUCACAUGUCAGAGACGGAAAAUUGAAAUGCGCGCGAUGAAGAUAUUAUGUUUUCAAACCAGGAAAAUUUUGGCAUUCAUCGAUGAUGGGAGUUAUUUGUUCUCUCGUCUCUUGUCUUUCUUCUAGCUAUGCAAAUCCACUGAGUUGUUAACAUCGAUAGUCACCCAAUAAGGAUAAAAUUUACGAAUAUUAUAUUUGCUUUUUUUUUCUGACAAAAAGCUGUAUAAUUUAGCUCAAAGAAGAAUGUCAAUUCCAGUUGUCAGACUAUAAUCAGUCUUAGCUAUACUCUGUAAGAAAUUUGGAGAAAAACUUGGUGGUAUAGCGGAAAUUUAAUCAGUUUGCAACUAUGAGUUAAAGAGACAGCUCAUCUUUUCAUUUAAAUAAUAUUUUAUUCGUUGCGACAGCUGUGUAAAUGGGUGCUGUAAGAAGAUGUGUUUUUUUUGGUUUGCAACUCAUCCUUUAUCGCUGAAAAAUACAACGAGUUGGAGAGGCAGUGAAAGAAAUUCAAAGACCCUAGAGUCAUUAUCCUAGUUCCGAAAAAAGAAGAAAAAAGAAAUCAAUUAAAACACCCCAACAUGUCAUAUAAGUUCAACUAUAUCCUUUACCUAAUCAAAGAAUACCUAUGGCCAACUCGUGCAUAAAGUACUUGAUCUAGAGAUGAAACAUGAUUGGCAACUUGUAAUUAUUGGUCUUGCAGCAAUACAAGGUUGCUCUUAUUUCAGAGGCAUAGGUUCUCGAAAAAAAAAGGAGAGAUCUACAAUUAUGGUAAACAUCCAACUCCGCAGAAUAAUUAACGUAUAUAUAACCCGUGAAAACAGCAAAAAAAAUAGUGUUCUGCGUUUAUCGAAUUUCCGUUUGCAAAAUUCUUCAAAUUUAGCCGUUGAAAUCCAAAUCUUUCUAAGUCUGCACAAGCCAAAUUCCACUCUUUCCCAAUUCUAUGUACGCAUGUCACGUUUCGCCUCACAGUAGCUCAAUAUGUAUUUGCAUUAUAACGCAAUGAUCCUUAUUUACACGGUUUUCUCCAGCUUUUAUCUGAUAAGUUUUCUGCCUCGGAACGAAAAUACCCCAGAAUACACUUCAUGUGACGGCUAGUUCUUGCGACUGAGUGAAAUUAAAGAUAUGCGGAAAUUAAUUCUACGGGUUUUCUUUUGAUAGAAAAGCAUAGGAUUAUUUUCGUCCGCUUCAUAUCGAUCCAGCCGCCAUUGUUUACCUUAGGUAAAAAUCGAUUAAGAUUUUACGCCUUCCUAUUGGCUAGCUUUGCAAGUUAUUGCUCACGCAAUGAAAAAGAAACCCGGCCGGAUAUUUACCGUGGUAUGCCACAGACAUCCCUCAGAACGAUAGUUAACGAUUAUUGCAUUGAGUCACGAGUGAGGUUGCCGUUGCUACGUUUGUUGAAACACUAGCUGAAGUGAGACAAGGGAUUUAACCAUUACUGGGUAUGAGACCUGUAAGAGAGUGCAAUCCGUGACUUGUGUUGCUUCCUCACUGGGAAAUCAAUUCUUGUUUUUGUUGAAAUCUAUAAACAUUCUAAUAGCCAUUACAGCCGCUUUAGGAAAUGCUAUGGUCUUAGUUGCUCCAUGGAAGAUUUCUUAG